AUCACGAGUCUUCAGUGGGCUGUCCUGGGGCCCUGGGUGAGGCCAGGCCUGGCCCAUAAAUAGGGGUCUCCUCGGUGCUCUCCACUCCUGCUGCACACCUCCCUUGCUCGCCCACACCGCUGGCACCGGGCCUCAGACAUCUGCUCUGCUUCCAGAGAAUGGCUGCUCAGCACACUCUGUGGAUGGGGCUGGUCCUGCUGGGGCUGCUGGGCGGCCUGCAGGCAGCAGCCGAGGCUCAGGUCUCCGUGCAGCCCGACUUCCAGCAGGAAAAGUUCCUGGGGCUCUGGUUCAGCGCGGGCCUCGCCUCCAACUCGAGCUGGCUGCGGGAGAAGAAGGCGGCGCUGUCCAUGUGCAAGUCGGUGGUGGCCCCGGCCUCGGAUGGCGGCCUCAACCUGACCUCCACCUUCCUCAGGAAAAACCAGUGUGAGACCCGGACCAUGCUGCUGCAGCCCGCGGAGUCCCUUGGCUCCUACAGCUACCGGAGUCCCCACUGGGGCAGCACCUACUCGGUGUCCGUGGUGGAGACUGACUACGACCAGUACGCCCUUCUCUACAGCCAGGGCAGCAAGGGCCCCGGCGAGGACUUUCGCAUGGCCACGCUCUACAGUACGUGCCCAGGGGGCUGCCCCGAGGCUGGGGCCAGAUGCAGCCUGACCACAGGGGCUCCCCCAGGCUCAGGGAGAGCUCACACUGUCCCCUCCGCUGAGGCCAGCUGUCUCCUCCCUGUCCCAGGCCGAACCCAGACACCCAGGGCUGAGUUCAAGGAGAAAUUCACCGCCUUCUGCAAGGCCCAGGACUUCACAGAGGAUACCAUUGUCUUCCUGCCCAAGACCGAUAAGUGCAUGACGGAACAAGAAUAGCACUCCCCAGGCCUGAAGCUGGGACCCCCGCCAGCCAGGUGACCCCCGCGCUCUGGAUGUCUCCGAUCUGUUCCUUCCCUGAGACCUUGCCCCGGCUCCCCACCCAAGUGCCCCCGCUCCCUUGGGCUUCAUUCUGGCUCUAUGCAAUAAACUGUGGAAGCAAGUCA